AAAUAAACUUUCAGAUUCUUUUCUUUGGUUUAUUAUCAUUUUCUUUUUAUUGUUUUUUAUCAAUACCUUCUUGAUAUUAUUUUCUUCUUUUUUCCAUCACUUUAGGAAUGUUCUUUUUCCUCUUCAUGCACCUUCUUUCUGGUCCCAUUUGUACCCAAAACAAUACAAAAAUAAAAGAAAAGUUGGAAUCCUGAAAACGCUUAAACCAAACCAAAAGCAAGGUGCCAAGUGUUUCCAUAAUUUACCCAUGCAUCAAAUUACAGUCACAUUCCUUAGCCUUAUAAAUUAGACCUGAAAUUUUGAUAUCUAGCAAAGCAAAACCACUAGUUUUUUUUUUUUUUUUUGGUUCCUUUUUUUGAAUUCUCUUCCCUCUUAAGAAUUCGAAAACCUCUGUGUGUUUAUUCUAGUUGUGUUAUCAACCAUGUCUACGAGUACAACACCAACGCCGUUGAAGAGAUCAGAAUCGAUAGCAGAGAGUAUGCCGGAUGCCCUGAGGCAAAGCCGGUACCAUAUGAAGAGGUGCUUUGCUAAGUACAUUGAGCAAGGAAGAAGGAUCAUGAAACUUCAGCAUUUAAUGCUUGAAAUGGAGAAAGUCAUCGAUGACAAGAUUGAAAGAAACCAUGUCUUGGAGGGAGUUCUUGGCUAUAUACUUCGUUCUACUCAGGAAGCUGUUGUUAUUCCUCCCCAUGUAGCCUUUGCGGUAAGACCAAAUCCUGGAUAUUGGGAAUUUGUUAAAGUUAGCUCCGAGGAUCUCUCAGUGGAAGCCAUCUCCACCACUGAGUUCUUGAAAUUCAAAGAAAUGCUAUAUGAUGAUAAAUGGGCAAGUGAUGAAAAUGCAUUGGAGGUGGAUUUUGCAGCAAUUGAACCCACUGUUCCUCACUUAACCCUGUCAUCUUCAGUAGGAAAUGGAUUCAGUUUUGUUUCUAAGUUCAUAACUUCCAAGUUGAGUGGAAGAUUGGAAAAUGCACAGCCUCUUGUGGAUUACUUAUUAUCACUAAGUCAUCAAGGAGAGAAAUUAAUGAUAAAUGAAACCCUCAACACACCAUCUAAGCUUCAGAUGGCACUGAUUGUUGCUGAAGUUUUUCUAGCAGCUCUUCCCAAAGAUACUCCAUACCAAAAUUUUGAUUUAAGAUUUAAGGAGUGGGGAUUUGAAAAAGGAUGGGGAAGUACUGCAGAAAGAGUGCAAGAGACAAUAAAAUCUCUCUCUGAAGUACUGCAAGCACCUGAUCCUUUCAACAUGGAGAACUUUUUCAGCAGAGUUCCAACAAUCUUCAACAUUGUAAUUUUCUCCCCUCACGGCUACUUUGGCCAAGCAGAUGUUCUCGGCUUGCCAGACACCGGUGGACAGGUAGUUUACAUUCUGGAUCAAGUGAAAGCUCUUGAAGAUGAACUAGUGAACAGAAUCAGGGACCAAGGACUUGCUGUCAAACCAAGAAUUCUUAUUGUUACAAGACUCAUACCUGAAGCAAGGGGCACCAAGUGCAACCAAGAGUUAGAAGAAGUCGUAGGCACCAGGUACUCUAGCAUCCUUAGGGUGCCAUUCAAGACAGAAAAAGGGGUCCUCAAGAAAUGGGUUUCUCGCUUCGAUAUCUAUCCUUAUCUUGAGAGAUUUACUCAGGAUGCUAUAACCAAGAUCCUUGACAUCUUGGAAGGGAAGCCAGAUCUUAUCAUUGGAAACUAUACUGAUGGAAAUUUGGUAGCAUCACUCAUGGCUAACAAACUUGAGAUAACUCAGGGAACUAUUGCACAUGCUUUAGAGAAAACCAAGUAUGAAGAUUCAGACAUCAAAUGGAAAGAACUAGAACCAAAGUAUCACUUCUCAUGCCAAUUCAUGGCCGAUAUGAUUUCCAUGAAUGCAACAGAUUUUAUCAUAGCAAGCACAUACCAAGAAAUUGCAGGGAGCAAAGAUAGACCUGGACAGUAUGAAAGCCACUCUGCAUUUACCCUUCCAGGCCUCUGCAGAGUGGUUUCAGGAAUCAAUGUAUUUGAUCCAAAGUUCAAUAUUGCUGCACCCGGGGCUGAUCAAACUGUCUAUUUCCCUUUCACGGAGAGACAAAAGCGAUUCACUGUAUUCAAUCCUGCCAUUGAAGAAUUACUCUAUAGCAGGGAGGAUAACAAUGAACACAUUGGAUAUCUUGCAGACAGGAAGAAACCCAUCAUAUUCUCAAUGGCAAGGCUAGAUACUGUGAAGAACAUGACUGGAUUAACUGAAUGGUAUGGGAAAAACAAAAAGCUGAGAAAUUUGGUUAAUCUUGUUAUAGUUGGGGGCUUCUUUGAUCCUUCGAAAUCAAACGACAGAGAAGAAAUGGCAGAAAUUAAAAAGAUGCAUGCUUUGAUAGAGAAAUACCAACUUAAGGGCCAGAUCAGAUGGAUAGCAGCACAGACUGAUAGGCGUCGGAAUGGAGAGCUCUAUAGAUUCAUUGCUGACUCCAAGGGAGCUUUUGUGCAGCCUGCUCUGUAUGAAGCAUUUGGUCUUACUGUCAUAGAGGCUAUGAACUGUGGAUUACCCACUUUUGCUACCAACCAAGGUGGACCAGCCGAAAUCAUUGUUGAUGGGGUCUCCGGUUUCCAUAUUGAUCCCAACAAUGGAGAUGAAGCAAGCAACAAAAUUGCUGAAUUCUUUGAGAAGUGCAAGAAUGAUGCAACAUACUGGAACAAGUUUUCAGCAGCGGGUUUGCAGCGCAUAAACGAAUGCUAUACCUGGAAGAUCUACGCAAACAAGGUUUUGAACAUGGGCUGCACUUACACAUUCUGGAAGCAACUGGUCAAGGAGCCCAAGCAGGCAAAGCAAAAGUACAUCCACAUGUUUUAUAAUCUCCUAUUCAGGAACCUGGUGAAGAAUGUACCUCUUGCAAGUGAUGAGCCUCUACAGCCUCCACCUCCACCUCCGCCUCCAAAGCAAGAAUCCAAACCAAAGCAAACACCAAGCACAAGACGAACACAAUCACGAUUGCAAAGGUUGUUUGGAGCUUAAGAAACUUCCAUAUAAAAUGGCAGCAUCGUUUAUAUUGCAUCUUGACUGCCAUACCAGCGGUUUCCAGCACUGCACAGUUGCAUCUCAUUUGCUCAAAAGUUUCUUCUACAUAUUAAUGUUUGUAAACUGAAUUCAAUAUAGACAUAUUUACUAAACUGAUCCAAAAUCAGAGAUUCGGGUUUUCUUGUAAUAAAGAUUCACACGCCAUGAUAAGUGUGCUCCUCCAUUAUUAAUCAUAAAGCAUUAUAUUUGCUAA